ACAGUUUUAGUGUGCGGGUUAUUGGAUGUGUUUGGAAGUCCGCAGUGUUUGGCUUGUCCAUAGUGUUUGGUGAAUUCAGUUUUGUUCCAAAUUGCGAGCAAUGAUAGAUAGUAACAUGGAACUACAAAAGCCAAGUAAAACUUCUUUAUUAAAAUUGAUGAUUUUACGUGCCUGGCGAGAACGAUGGAAUGUUGCGCUAUGGGGCAUCAAUAUAAAACGGGUACUUCCUCGAGGAGUAAGCGGAGAUGCAUAUAAUUUGGCUGAUUGCAUUCUACAGCAGUCCUUGGUGGGAACUAAUGCCAAUCCAUUGGUUUUAAAUUAUUUAAAACAUUGUCUCUGUGCAAAUUUGGUCUCACAUGCGGCCGUUUUGCGUCGGAUAUCGAAAUAUGAUUUCGAUCGUGUCUAUUGCAUCACAACAUUGCUACAAUUUCUGGAAGACAUGCUCGAUGGUGUUACUUGCAGAAACAAACCCGAGGAGGGAAUUUUACCCAGCGCGGUUGCUUCAUUGAUAUACUGGAUAACGCAUAUUGUCGCUUUGGUCAUGAAAAACUAUGAGAUUGGUAGUGAAAUUAGCGCUGAACAAUCUUAUAUGUUUGAACGUACUUGCGUUAUCGUCGAAAAAUUUACUUCCAACCAAUUUCUCAUGGGCAUAUUUUACAUUGGUUGCUAUGAUGAUAUCGAAACAUAUGGAAAAAUUCGGGACAAAUACAACACUUUGAAGACUAUUGUGGGUAGCAGUCAUUUACCGCCGCGUUACCAUUCUAUAGUGCAAUACCUGCAACAGUUAGCUUAUUUGGAUGCUACAAAAUUACCGAUGCCUCGUUUGCAUUCAAAAGGAGUGGAGUCAAUAAGCUACUGUGUGCAGCCUCUCUUGGCAGUGGAGGUCCUACUAAAUCCAUGUAAUGAUACCUCCUACUUUGUGGCUGAACUGCAAAUGAUUCAACGUCUCAAGAACUAUUCAUUGACCCGCUUGAUAUACGAGAUAGUGCGUGCUGGCUUCAUUUCACUUAGUAAUGUAGUAGAAGUAAGCCGUGAUACUCUGUGGGGCGCAUUCACAUUUUUCAAAGUGCCACACAUAAUAAAGCAGUUGCAUGCCCUGCAACGACCGAAUGAGGAACAGACACCAUCAGAUCAUAUACCCGAAGUAGUCGAGGCCUUCGAGCUACUUUUGGAGGAUAAUUUACUACUUGAUUUGAUGGAUACAAAAUGUUCGUGCAAUAUUAUAGAAUAUCUGUUAAAUGAUUGGACCAAGCAGCAUCUGGUUACUGAUGUACAUGUAAAGCAUUUUGCAACACAACGGGAGAGUACUUCACUUAUGCUACAGAAACGUGAAUCAGGCAACCAAGCCCUAUCAAUUAUAAAUUUCAUUAUACGUGCUGAAGUUCCACUAUCGGGUGUUCUCAAGACACUGAGUACAGAUUACAACAAAGUCCAGGAGGCAUUAUUGGGUGUACUGUGUCAAGUUUUAGUUGGUAACAGUUUUGAUUUAAUUCUGUCAGUGGCCACUGUAGAAGGUCGUCUAAAAACUUUCGUUACACGGUUGAUACAAUGUAAUGAAAAUUCGAAGCAGGUUCCAGGCGAAAUUGGCAAACCGUCGAUUAUACGAUCAACAUUAUUUGAUGUGUCUUUUCUCAUGUUAACCUUUAUUGUACAAACUUACGGAUCAGAUGUAGUGUUAUCCGAGCACGGCGACUCUUUCUUCGAGAAAUGGGUGCGUGAAUGCAUGGCUGAACGUAAUAAGCCAAAAAAUCCACGCAACAUGAUUGCCCUUUGUGACGAACAAAUUGUAGAUGAACUGCUUUUAAGUCUGCGAAAUCCAGAAGCGCAACACAAGAAUAGCAAUUUGACUUGGCAAGACAUCUGUUUAAAUCUGCCUGGCGUUCUUAAUCAUGUGUUGAUCGCAUGGGAAAAAGAUAUACUCACAUCGACUGAUGUGAAAAGUAUUUUAGAGAAUAUAAAGCGUAGGAUGUUUGCCUUCUCUGUUUGUGCUACCUCGUUUCUAUGUGCAUAUAUGUAUUCAGUACGUGAGAAUGAGCUUCUAAAGCCAUUAAAUAUGAUUCAACAAUUUUUGACUCCUCUAAGUAGCGAAGAAAUGGCUUCUCAAGAAAAUGUGAAGGAACGAUUGGGUUUAUCUUUUCAAAUUAUACGCAAAAUGCAGCAAGACGUACAUCCAUCGAGUAAUACAAAAUCACGUAGUAUAACGCUCACACAGAAUCUUGUAUCACAAACUCCGCUUUCUGAUCAAUUUCGGGAAGUGUGGAAAACGGUAACAGAGCAUGGCUGGCUGCCAGUAAUGUCUGCGCAGGUGCUAGAGUCGUUGUUGCAGUCAGGAGGUCCAAUCUGGUUAACAAGGCAUUUGGUACAAGAAAUACUCAAUUGCAAGUAUUCGAAGGACAUGCUGAAGACAUUGGAUAUUGUUUUUGCGGUACUACAUUUGGACAUUGAUCGCAAUACGGAGGCACUGCUAAAGGAUGUAAUACCAUCGUAUGCCCAUCUUAUGGUUGGAGGAGAAAUAAAUGAGCCUCAAUCUCAUGUGCUGGCUCUUCUUUCCGUGUACUGCAUAAUUUCAGCGCUGGAACAUCGUCAAGGCGCCAUUAGUAGCUUACAAAAUAAACGCACCCGCACACUUAGUGACGCUGAUUGUAGCAGUGGGGACUUAGAUAUAAACACCUCAAAAAUACGAAAACUAAAUCAAGAAGGGGGGUCAGACAACUCCUGCUCGAAUGAUUUUCUUAGUGACAACCAUCCUCUUUUGGCCGGUGCUGGAGUUGUUAACACCGAUGCUACUGGCACAACGAUUACUCGUGAAAGCGCUCGUCCGACAACCCUUAAGGAACCGCUUCAUUCGAGUAUACAACACAUAUUCAAAGUAUUACACAAAAUCGUAUCAACGGAUGAGCUAACACCAAAGGUGUAUUUUGCAUAUCGUUUUAUUUCCUUGUUGGUUGAAUGCGGUGGUGAGCGUGUACGACCGGUUCUCAAACUGCUGCCCCCACAACUCAUACAGAAUCUGCUUAAAAUUAUGGUGACUGAGGAUAUAAGCGUGGGCCUAAUUUGUCGCCUUUAUGAUCUGCGCACGACGACGGGGCGACAAUCGGCUGUUUCUGACUUAUGUGUUUGGCGAAAUAUUCACUUAAAGGAGAAUAGUGUUAAGUUGUAAAUUUUAGUAAUAAAUAUGAUUUAAUACAAGUAGAUCUAGAUACAAAAAUAAUUAUUAUAAGCAUGGGUUGAAUCGAAUCCAAAUUACUUUCUUAAAAAUAAAAUACCUUUACCCUUUCACAAAAA